CCUAAUUCGUUACAACAUUACCAGAUUUAUUUUAAAGGGGAAUUCCAAUGUAAAACCUCUAAAUUUUAAUUUUAAAGUGAUUUUCUGUAAAUAUAUAUUUUUUGAAUAUUUCCCGAAUCAAAUCAUGAGACCUGAAUACUACUUUUUCUCAAAAAAUCAUCUCUUCUUUGUAAUAAUCAACUUGGGAGUUAUACAAAUUGCUUAUUCACAAAAAGACUUGGAAAUUUUCCGCUUUCAAAUUGCUCAGUGUUCAACAAUGACAACAUCACUAGGUGCAAACCUAAGCUACUGUUUAUUUUGCGUUCAAAAUUAUAAAGAAGAAUGUAAUAAUUUAUGCGCCUCCCAAGAAAAGGAUCAAGAAAUUUGUAGUCGAAUAUGUUGGCGUUUUGCUAAGUACGGAACUUUUUCAUGUAAAAACAAUGUUGGCUAGCAUUUAGUCAAGUUUAUAAUCUCCAAGAAGUGAAAUAUAUAAUUAUUCAGAGAUAUAUGACUGAUUUAAACAAAUAAAAAAUUUUAAAAAUUUAAAAUUGCUGUAAAGUGAUCACUCAGUUGUUCAAUAAGAUAAUUUUC